CUGAAGGCAGACACCACAACAUCACACACCACUCAACCUGAUACGGCUCAUUUCGCAAGUCAGGGAGGGAUAGAGGAGGGGGAGCAUCUGGUUGAUGUCUGAAACCUUGGUUCAUUGCUUGGAUAACGUCUUCAUUUACAGACAUUAAUUAAUGAUCUGACUCCUACGUCUCCACUCUUCCUUAAACAGGCUAAAGACUUCAGGACGACUAAACCGUUUCAUGCUCGCUUUCAUACUCGUAGGAAAAAUAAGACCUGGACAAUAGUAAAUGUAGAUUAAAGUCAUAGAUCAAAUCUGAAUAUUGUGCCACACUCCAGGAGCAGUUGAGCACCAUGUCUCUGUGGGACACAGAGUUUGGAGGUAAGGGCAGCAGCAUCAUCAAGGAGUGGAGCAGUCAGAUCCAGCCGGCUCUCGUCGCCUCCUUCAUCUUCCUGUUCUGCCUGGAAGCCUGCCUGUGGGUCAGGAACCUCAGGCACAAGAGGAGGCUGCCUGGCCCCUUCCCGUGGCCGGUGGUGGGUAACGCCAUGCAGCUGGGGCAAAUGCCCCACAUCACUUUCUCCAAACUGGCCAAGAAGUACGGUGACAUCUACCAGAUACGGCUCGGCUGCAACGACAUUGUAGUGCUGAACGGAGGCACUGCGAUCCGCCAAGCUUUGACACAGCACAGCACAGAGUUUGCAGGGAGGCCAAAUUUCGUGUCCUUUCAAGUAGUGUCAGGUGGAAACAGCAUGACAUUCACCAACUACAGCAAACAGUGGAAGAUGCAUCGCAGAAUUGCUCAGUCCACCAUCAGGGCUUUCUCUUCAGCAAACAGCCAGACCAAGAGAGCAUUUGAGCAGCAUAUUGUUGGAGAAGCUUUGGAUCUUGUUCAGACUUUCCUGAGACUCAGUGCAGAUGGACAGUAUUUCAACCCCUCUCAUGAACUGACAGUUGCUGCUGCUAAUGUGAUCUGUGCCCUCUGCUUUGGGAAACGUUAUGGACACAAUGACAGAGAGUUCAGAAUUCUCCUGGGAAAAGUGGACAAAUUUGGGCAGACAGUAGGUGCCGGCAGCCUGGUGGACGUCAUGCCAUGGCUACAGUCUUUCCCCAAUCCUGUGCGUAGUGUCUUCCAGAGCUUCAAAGACCUGAAUAAAGAAUUCUUCGCUUUUGUGAAAGACAAGGUGGUGGAGCACAGGGAAACGUACAACCCUGAGGUAACAAGAGACAUGAGUGAUGCCAUAAUUGGGGUCAUCGACAGGGCGGAGAGAGAGACAGGACUGACUGGGGCUCACACAGAGGGGACUGUCUCAGAUCUGAUUGGUGCUGGUCUAGACACGGUUUCCACUGCCUUGCACUGGAUCCUGCUGCUGUUGGUCAAAUACCCUCACAUUCAAGCCAAACUCCAAGAGCAAAUUGACAAAGUUGUGGGACGAGACAGGCUUCCAUCCAUGGAGGACAAGAGCAGCCUGGCUUACCUCGAUGCCUUCAUCUACGAGACCAUGCGCUUCACCAGCUUUGUGCCCGUCACCAUUCCCCACUCCACCACCUCAGAUGUCACCAUCCAGGGUGUCCACAUCCCCAAGGACACUGUGGUGUUCAUCAACCAGUGGUCCGUCAACCACGACCCUCAGAAAUGGAAGGACCCCCAUGUCUUCAACCCCUCCAGGUUCUUGGAUGAAAAUGGCAUCCUUGACAAGGACCUGACCAGCAGUGUCAUGAUCUUCUCCACAGGGAAGCGAAGAUGCAUCGGUGACCAGAUCGCUAAGGUUGAAGUGUUUCUCUGCUCUGCCAUAUUGCUCCACCAGUGCAGCUUUGAGAAUUGCCCCAAACAAGAUCUCACACUGGACUGCACCUAUGGUUUAACGCUAAAACCCCUCAACUUUAAGAUCGCUGCCAAGCUUAGAGGAAAUCAAACAUAAAUACACUUGUAGAAAGACUGACCCAAGUACCUGUCCGCAA